AAAGAAAACACAACAAAUCAUCCGACGAUUUUUGUUCCAACCGACUGAGUCCGCGAUAGGGAACUAAAUUCUGUUCGUCCGUUUGUGAAACACUCCGUCCUCCCCGGAACCAUGCAGGAGAGUCCAAUCUACCAGAUUCUGCCCGUGCUGCUGUGCGGUCUCUCGGUGCCACUUUCCAUGUUUAUGUGGAUCGGUAAUGUGGCGUACUCAAAGAUCGCUAGCGAUGGAGAAAACAGCGUUAUUCCACCGACCCGCUGGCUAUUCUCGGUGCUUGUGCCGGUGCUGCUAAUGGUGUACGGGUGGCGAAGGAAGGGCGUGAAUCGAUCCGGCGCUCUGCUCGGGCUGAUAUGUGCCAUCAUCCUGGCGAUUGCAUCGCACGCUUAUCUUGCCUGUUUGGCAGCGUUUUUCUUUAGCUCCAGCCGUGCCACCAAGUUCCGGGGACACAUUAAGCGUCAGUUUGAAGAGGACUUUCGCGAAGGUGGCCAACGGAACUGGGCACAGGUGAUCUGCAAUGCGGGCAUGGCAACGCAGCUCGCGCUACUAUACCUGCUCGAUUGCGGUUACGGUGAGCGGCCAAUUGAUUUCGUACAGCUGUACCGUUCCAGCUGGCUUGGUGUGGCCAUUAUGGGUUCGUUCGCUUGCAGUAACGGUGAUACCUGGGCAAGUGAGCUGGGCACGGUGAUCGGUAGUGGGGACCCGUUUCUAAUCACCACACGGAAGAGAGUACCGCGAGGGACGAACGGUGGCGUGUCGUUCAUAGGGCUACUAGCCAGCUUUCUCGGGGGUGUGUUAAUCGGUUUGGUUUACUUUCUGACCAUCCGUUACACGGUGGAAGCGAGUGUGUACGCACGCAGCCCGCCACAGUGGCCUUUGAUUGUGUUUGGUGGGAUUGCGGGUUUGCUGGGAUCACUGGUGGAUUCUUUGCUUGGCGCUACGCUGCAGUAUUCGGGACGGAACGAAAAGGGCCACGUUGUGGAGCGACCCGGAAAGGGCGUUCGCCAUAUAAGCGGAGUGCGGAUCUUGGAUAACCACAGCGUGAAUCUCAUAUCCAGCAUCGUAACCGGUAUCGUAAUGCCUUCGAUCGCGAUGAAUCUCUGGUCGGUGUUCUAAGUGGGAGAAAGGAAGAGAGGUGAUACGAGGCCUCCUGUCGAAAGCUAUAAUUUUAAACUCAGUGACUUACAAUAAGCCGGGAGGUGGUGAAUAGAUGAAUAAUAAAUUAGUAAUUAAUUGGGGUGAUUCUAA